AGAAAAUUCAAUUCAGAUGGAGAGGAGAAAUAUAUAAAGAAUCAAACAGUUUACUUUACCCAGUGUCUAGUAGGUGUAUUGAAAUUCGACACUUGUUUAUAUACAUUGAAGCGCUGGAGUGGAACUCUAAUCAAGCAGUAGCGCGUGACCAUUUGACGAGCGUCAAGUGGACUGGUAUCGACUAACCUAUUCAACAACAAUCGUACCAUAUGGUUAAUCAUACUAGGUUUGUGGAGGCAGGGCGCUUGGUAUUCAUUGCCUCUGGGCCUUAUGCAAAGAAAGUUGCGGUCAUAGUAGAAAUCAUUGACCAGAGACGAGUUCUGAUUGAUGGUCCUUGUUCUGGUGUCCCUAGGCAAGCGAUCAACUUAAACAGACUACACUUGACAAAGCUGAAAUAUAAAAUUCCUCAUGGUUGUGGUACCAAUGCAGUUCAAAAGCUGUGGUCAAAAUAUGAGAUAACAAAAGAUUGGGAAAAUACUGUGUGGGCAAAAAAGCUGCACCGCAAGUCUCUUCGAGCGUCUAUGUCGGACUUUGACCGAUUCAAAGUGAUGGUUGCUCGUCAACAGCGGAACAGAAUUUUGAAACAAUUCAAGAUGAAGAAGCCUGAAGGAAAAGUCUCAAAACCUGCAAAGGCUGUUAAGAAAUAAACCAAUACACUUUGUGUCCUGUCGCAUGCUUCUCAUAGUUUUAUAUUUUGGUGGGCUGUUUCGUGUAUGUCAGUGUGACCGCUCGUUAUUCGUUCAAAGCUGAAUCGUUGGGUGUUUGGUUUUAUAGCUACUGUAGUUUGGUUUGAGUGGGCAUAGGAAAAUACAUUUUAAAAUAGUUUCC